AUGUACUCAGGAAACCAAAUUUCAGAGAAUCAAACGUCAAGCAUCAGUUUCAUCCUCAUGGGGCUCUUUGGUGACACCAGGCAUGCUGUGCUCCUCUAUUCUGUGGCCUUUAUCUUUUUCCUGAUGGCCCUGGCUGGGAAUGCCCUUCUCAUCCUCCUGAUCCACACAGAAGCCAGGCUGCACACCCCCAUGUACUUCUUCAUCAGCCAGCUCUCCCUCAUGGACCUCAUGUACAUAUCCGUGACUGUGCCCAAGAUGCUUUUGGGCCAGGUCACGGGAGAUAAUGCAAUUUCCCCUUUGGGCUGUGGGAUCCAGAUGUUCUUCUACCUGACCCUUGCUGGAGCUGAGUUUUUCCUCCUGGCUGCCAUGGCCUAUGACCGAUAUGUUGCCGUUUGCAGACCUCUCCAUUACCCCCUGCUGAUGAACCAGAAGGUCUGUCAGCUCCUCGUGUCUGGCUGCUGGUUUCUGGGCACGACUGAUGGCUUGUUGCUCACCCCCAUUACCAUGAGCUUCCCUUUUUGUCAGUCUAGGAGAAUCCAGAACUUCUUCUGUGAGGCCCCUGCCUUGCUGAAGCUCUCCUGCUCUGAUAUCUACCUCUACAAGAUGCUCAUGUACCUGUGCUGCAUGCUCAUGCUCCUGAUCCCCCUCUCUGUCAUCUCCAGCUCCUAUGCUCUCAUCCUGCACCUCAUCCACAGGAUGACCUCAGUGGACGGCCGCAGGAAGGCCUUCACCACCUGCUCCUCCCACAUGAUUGUGGUCCUGCUCUUUUUCGGAGCUGCCGUCUAUACCUACAUGCUCCCCAGCUCCUACCACACAGAGGAGUGGGACAUGAUGGGCUCUGCCUUUUACACCGUCAUCACCCCUGUGCUGAACCCCCUCAUUUACAGCCUCAGGAACAAAGAUGUCACAGGGGCCUUGAGGAGUGUGAUGCAAUCAGGGAUGAGCCUAAGAAGAGUUGCAAAUGGGAAAACCUGGGAAUGA